UGUCAGUCACAUGACCGGACAGAGCGGAAGAGAGUUUGUGCAAACAGCAGCACCGCAGCUCGGCCGGGCUGCUGUGGCUGGACGGUAGUGUUGUAGUGAGAGCUGCAAAGUUGUUUUGACAAGUUAACCGUUGGCUGAACUGAGCUUUAGCCAAAUUAUUUAUGUAUUUAUUCUCUUUUCAAAUCAAGGCUUUAAGUACAUGGCGUCAACAGGACACUUGGACUCCCCGGAAUGUGAAGGCCUGUCUCGCUCAGUGACUCGCUAUGGUUCCACAGACAGCAGCGGGGAGAGUGACCAUCAGAGUAACACUCAUGGCAGCAACCACAGCAACCAUCGGUUUCCCACGACAACGGCAGAUCAUUGGGUUGGAGCUGAUCAGGAAGAGGAGGCCAUUCGCCGGAAGUUGAAAUACUUCUUCAUGAGCCCUUGUGAUAAAUAUCAUGCCAAGGGCCGCAAGCCUUAUAAGCUCGUUCUGCAACUGCUCAAGAUCGUUAUUGUCACAGCUCAGUUAGUGCUGUUUGGCCUCAGUAACCAGGUGGUGGUGACAUUCAAGGAAGAGAACACUAUGACCUUCAAGCACCUUUUCCUCAAAGACUACGAUGAGUCCUCAGAUGACUCCUUUGCUGUUUAUACACAGAGUGAUGUCUAUGAGCACAUCUUCUAUGCAGUGGACCAGUAUCUGGCCUUACCAGAGACCACAGUGGGACGAUAUGCAUACGUCUACGGUGUUGGUUUCAAUGACAGCGCGCUCUCCCUCUGCCAGCAGUACUACAAGAGGGGACGCAUCGACCCAGCCAAUGACACCUUCAAUAUAGACCCACACAUCAUGACAGACUGCAUAGGAGUUAACCCGCUGUCUGUCCCUCCAGCUUCACUCGCCAGCAGCUACAAGAACUUUACACUCAAGUUCCACAAGCUCAUUAACGUCACCAUAGAGUUCCAGCUGAAGGCGAUCAAUGUACAGACCAUCAUCAACAAUGAGAUUCCAGACUGCUACACUUUUCACAUAACGGUAGUCCUGGACAACAAGGCUCACAGUGGCAAGGUGAAGAUCCGGUUAGAAAACCAGGCUACCAUAAAGGAGUGUAAAGACCCAAGCGUAUCUGGACAAGCUGAGAACUACACGCGUGUAGCGUUUGAUGUGGCUGUGGCUCUGGUGUGCAUGCUGUCACUGCUGCUGUGUGGACGCUCCAUACUGCGAGGCAUCAUGCUGCAACAGGAGUUUGUGCAGUUCUUUAGAGAGAAUCUGAACCGUAAAGUAUGCUGGGCUGACCGAAUGGAGUUCAUUAACGGCUGGUAUAUCCUACUCAUCAUCAGCGACAUCCUCACCAUCACUGGCAGUAUUAUCAAAAUUGGCAUUGAGUCGAAGAACAUGUCCUCGUAUGACUUGUGUGGCAUCCUGUUGGGAACCUCCACACUCUUGGUGUGGGUUGGAGUAAUUCGGUACCUUACAUUCUUCCAGAAGUACAAUAUCCUCAUCGUGACACUUAGAGCAGCCUUCCCUAAUGUGAUUCGGUUCUGCUGCUGCGUGGCCGUCAUCUAUCUGGGCUACUGCUUCUGCGGCUGGAUCGUCCUGGGACCAUACCACGUCAAGUUCCGCUCUCUGUCCAUGGUAUCAGAGUGCCUCUUCUCCCUUAUUAAUGGUGACGACAUGUUCGUGACGUUCUCGGAGAUGCAGGAGAGCAGCACGCUGGUGUGGCUGUUCAGCCAAGUUUACCUGUACACUUUCAUUUCCCUCUUCAUCUACAUGGUCCUGUCGCUGUUUAUCGCCCUCAUCACAGGAGCAUACGAGACCAUCAAGCACCAAACCCAAGAACCCAUCCACAUCACCGACCUGCACGCCUUCAUUGCAGAGUGUACUGAUGCCCCGAGCUCUGGGAAGUUCAGGGGCCUGGAGACCUCACCAUGCUCCUUCUUCUGCUGCUGUGACAGAACGACAACAUAUGAGGACGUCCUGCUCGUGAACUGAAGGUGACCUCAGUGGCCGCAGUCUCCUGCCCUGCUGACCGUACUCUGCACACUCCUUACGCACAGUGUUUCUGUGCCAAAUCACUGUAUCUGGGUCAAACUCUGCACUCAUGGGAAGGAGGAGUCACCCUCAGCUGGACAAGCACGCUGUAGAAGGAAUAUGUAAUGGAGUAGAGACUGAUGUGGUACUGGACCACCAUGGAGGACUAAUGCAUAGACAUUUCUCUGUUCCUUUUGUUUUUUUUAAAGCAAAACAGUAUUUUUUUUUCUCACGUAUUUAAUGAUGCAGCACCUGCUGAACCAGGAACAGGACCUUUUUUCAAGAUACAAAGUGGGUACAGGUUACUAUGAGGACUACAGUGGUGCUACAGGUGUUGCUGUCUGUUUUUAUUGUUGUGUUUCUGCUUUUUACAGUAUUUCAAAAUAGAUUAGCUCUCGAGGACAGAGCUCUUAAGGGCAUGAGGCAUUUAUACAUUUCCCAAAACAUGAAAGGGAUAAGUUAUAUCCUUUUUCUUACAGCCAGACAACUCAGUAACAUCCCAUAUACUCUAUCAUAUUAGCUCUCAAUGUGACAUGUAAGUUCAUAUAGAAUGAGGGAAAUCAAUCUUUUAGGAGUCUGUCUUUUUUUUAGACAAUUGGAGAGAUGGCUUCCAGAAAAAAAUCUGCAAAAUGGCCCACAAAUUAAUUUGUUUUCUUUCCCACAUGCUGCACUUCCAAUAUAAAGCCUCUAACAACAUCUUGAGUUGUGGUUCUACAACACAAGCGUCACGUUGCCUUCAAAUGUGGAUAUUAUAGUUUUGUUUUUCAAACUGCUCUUGGUUGUUGUAGUCAGUUGUGUAUAGUAUUGCAUUUAUCUGCGUCCUCAUCAAUAUAAUAUCACUAAUGAUGCACUCAGCAUUGCCUGUAGUUAGCUAAAACAAGGAAAGCUGUUCUGAGGGCCCAUAUGCAUGUUUCUUUAGUGAUGCCAGAGAAGCAAUGACUAUCAGCCCCUUUCUGCAUCUCUUUACAACACUGAAGACAGUCUACAAACUGUAUCUGACUUGUAAGAGAAAAUGACUUGAAUUGCCCCUCAAAGUGGAGCAGGGGUUUUUUGGUGGAUAACGAGAAGACUGCUUUAUGACAGCAGAAACAUAUUUGUGCCUGUAAUAUCUGUAAUAAUGUCCUGUCAUGCUGAAUCGUUGUACUUUUACUGUGGUUGUUGUCUUCAUAAUGAUGUCUUGUCUCAAACUCAGUGUAACUUAGUGACUGGAUCUUGAAUUUAUUUUUAUUUUUCCAAGUGCUGCAUAAAACGCACAAAGGCUAAAGGAGCCUCACAGUCUGGACUCUAAAAGGAAAGAUUAUCUCUGAUCUAAGCAGUAGUGGGUUCAUACGAUGAUCCAAGUUUUUCCAGUCAUCUGAUUCUCUAAUUAGCCAGCACUGUCAUAUUUGAGAUAAAUAUGCUGAUGGACUUUGGAUCUACAACCGUUCCAAAUUUAUUAAUGGCCUUAACAUUUAAGUUAUAUGAUGUGUGUAUAUAUACCAUAUAGUUUUACCCAGACGUACCUUUCCUACAUCUUGAUGUUAUCAUGUUUUUAUACAAAUGAUCUGCUCCUGAUCUGUACUCGAAAAAAGGCAAACUUCAAAGUCAUCUGAUUGGUGUCAUAUUUAUUGUCAGUCUACUGAUUGAAGUUUCCUGGAUCAUCUGUGAUAUUAAAACAUAGUUUUAUGA